AGACUACGAAAUCAAGAUGUUAUAUACGAAAACUAAUUAAUAAGAUAACAGCAAUACCGUAAUGACGAAACUUGGCAAUUGCCGCCUUUGCAUCGACCAAGCGUUGUUGUAUCAUCGCAUCCGCGUCGGCGUAAUAACAUUUACUCGUUCCCAAAAUAAAAUCGAUUGCCGGCAAAAUGAAAUCCAUCGCUUCAAGGAAGUUUUUACGUAAGAUUUUCGAAAAUUCCGAUAAGUUUAGGGAGGUUUUAUCAAUUAAACAUGGACGGUAUUUCAGUGGUGUAUCCAAGGAUGAUGAGCUCGAAAACGUCAACUUGCAAAGGGAAAACUAUAGGCAAAGACGCCGCUACUCAUUUAUCCACGACCUUAAUUAUUUAAGUUUGGGAGGCAACCUGCAAACCGAUGAGGUUCUGUUUGAAAUGUUCAAAAAUGAAGAGACCGGCCUUUUGUCCAUUGGGAAGUUCCUAAAUGCCUUGAAAGCAACAGGUUUGCGUAAGACCGAUCCCAGACUAAAAGAAAUGGUAGACAUACUGAGGAUGAUCUCGCACAAAACCAGCGAUGGAUAUUCGAUUGACACACAAAAACUCAACUUAAAGGAUUUCAAAAGUAUUAUAGCACCAAAUAUUGGCCUAAUAUCAAGAGCUUUUCGGCGCCAGUUCAUAAUACCGGAAUUCCAAGAUUUUUGCAAAAGCAUCGAAGAAAUUUACUGGAGGUGCAAAGACAAUACAAACGGAAAAGUUGCUUCAUACAUCCCUCAAUUAAAGCGCAUGAGCCCAAACUACUGGGGGGUGAGCAUAUGUACCAUAGAUGGCCAAAGGUUUUCAGUAGGGGAUGUUUCUAUACCUUUCACUAUACAAUCCUGUAGCAAACCAUUGACUUAUGGGAUUGCUUUGGAUUUAUUGGGGUCUGAGGUAGUUCAUCGUUAUGUAGGUCAGGAGCCUAGUGGAAGAAACUUCAAUGAACUUAUUUUGGAUCAUAAUAAAAAACCUCAUAAUCCAAUGAUAAACGCCGGUGCAAUAAUGGUUUGUGCCCUAUUGAAAACCGUGGUGGGACCCGAAAUGAGUUUGGCAGAAAAGUUCGAUUUUACCAUGAACUACUUUGAGCGCCUGGCCGGAAAUGAGGACCUGGGCUUUAAUAACGCCGUUUUCCUAUCGGAGCGCGAAUGUGCCGAUAGAAAUUACGCAUUGGGAUUCUAUAUGAGGGAACAUAAGUGCUUUCCAGAAAAUUGCAAGCUCAAAGAGUGCAUGGAUUUCUACUUCCAGUGUUGCUCUUUAGAAACAACUUGUGACCAAUUAGCUGUCAUCGGUUCAACCUUGGCCAACGGAGGAAUUUGCCCAUUAUCAGAAGAAAAAGUUUUAAAACCAGAGAGCGUAAGGGAUGUUUUAUCUCUUAUGCACAGUUGCGGGAUGUACGACUAUUCUGGCCAAUUCGCUUUUAAAGUAGGGGUGCCAACAAAAUCGGGGGUCAGUGGAGCUUUGUUGGUCGUUAUACCGAAUGUUAUGGGUAUUUGUCUUUGGUCACCCCCGUUGGAUGCUUUGGGGAACAGUUGUAGGGGUGUGCAGUUUUGUGAGGAGUUUAUAAAAAAGUUCAACUUCCAUCGAUACGAUAAUUUGAAGCAUGCGCCCAAUAAGGUUGAUCCGAGAAAGCACAAAUUCGAAACUAAGGGGUUGGAUGUGGUGAAUCUGUUGUUUUCAGCUGCAGCUGGGGAUUUGCCAGCACUUAGAAGGCAUAUGCUGAACGGAAUGGACAUGUCUCUUUCCGACUACGACGGCCGUACAGCCCUCCACUUAGCAGCAGCGGAAGGUCACAUAAACUGCGUGGAAUUCCUCCUAAAGCAUUGUCAUGUCCCUUAUGACAUUAGAGACCGAUGGGGCAGAACACCCUUAGAAGAAGCCCUUGCUUUUGGACACACCGCCGUCAUAGAACUGCUGCAAUUAUGGGACGAACAAGCGUCAAGAAAUCGACAAGUAGAAGAUAACCCCGCUCUACCCGAGACUGCUUGAAAGGAUGGUUAGCUAGUCAAUUUAGUAUUUUAAGAAUCAUCUCGAAUAUUGUUUGUACAAAAUAUAGUAUUAUUUAUUGGCGACAUGUAUUUUAACUCAGUGGCAAUAAUAAGUGAUUUGUGAUAUUAGUUUUGAUGUUUAUUUUGUAUUUUUAAUUGGAGUAAAUAAAUGCUGUUCAAGUUAUUAAA